AUGGCUUUGGUUAUGGAGCCUAUAAGUAAAUGGACACCAAAGCAAGUGCUGGACUGGAUGAAAGGUCUGGAUGACUGUCUCCAGCAGUACGUGAAGAGUUUCGAGCGGGAGCAGAUGGGGGGAGAGCAGCUGCUGCACAUCACCCAUCAGGAGCUGGAGGAGCUGGGUGUCACCAGAAUAGGACAUCAGGAGCUCAUCCUGGAAGCUGUCGACCUCCUCUGUGCCCUGAACUACGGCCUAGAGACGGAGAACCUGCGGACUCUGUCCCACAAGCUGAACGCUUCAGCAAAGAACCUCCAGAACUUCAUCCUGGGCCGGCGGAGGGGCGGACACUACGAUGGACGAGCUUCCCGGAGGCUACCCAAUGAUUUCCUAACCUCGGUGGUGGAUCUGAUUGGUGCAGCCAAGAACCUGCUAGCCUGGCUCGACAGGUCUCCGUUCGCCAGUGUGACCGAGUAUUCAUUACUGAAGAACAACAUUGUGCAGCUCUGCCUAGAACUAACCACCAUCGUACAACAGGAUUGCACUGUGUAUGAGACAGAGAAUAAGAUUCUCCAUGUGUGUAAGACCUUAGCGGGGAUAUGCGACCACAUCAUCUCUCUGUCUUCAGACUCUCUGGUCUCUCAGUCCGCCCAUCUGGAGGUGGUCCACCUUACCAGCAUCAUGCCCAGUGAAGGGCUGGGGAUGUAUAUCAAAUCGACGUAUGAUGGACUCCACGUUAUCACGGGAACCACCGAGAAUUCUCCAGCAGACCAGUGUAAGAAGAUCCAUGCAGGGGAUGAGGUGAUCCAAGUCAACCACCAGACAGUGGUGGGCUGGCAGCUGAAGAACCUGGUCAACGCUCUGAGAGAGGACCCAUGCGGAGUCAUCCUCACGUUGAAGAAAAGACCUCAGAACACCCUGAGCUCCACGCCGGCUCUGCUCAGGAACGUGCGCUGGAAGCCGCUGGGCCUGCAGCCGAUCCCCACCAGCCCCACCAGCACCUCCCCUACACCUGGUGGAACUUUGGGCAUGUCCAAGAUGGACGCCCCCAGCAUGCAGGACGUCUAUAUCCUCUCUCCUGUCUCUGGACUCUACAGCACCAGGGAGGAGCUGGGUCUGAUGUCAUGCGACGACAUCAGCCGCUACAGCGUAAGCUCACAGUCCGGCUCCAAAGGUUCAGAGGCAGUCAGCUACUACCUGGACCAGGACAGCGGUCAGUACUUCUCCCUGCUGGAGGGAGACGGACCCCCGGGGUCCGACUACGACAGGGUCCGUAAUACAGGGGUUCGCCGGCGGGACAAGACCCCCACCCAUGGUGACCUCAGGCCUGUUUCCAUGCCUCCCGAAUAUAACUGGAUGGCCGAGGCCAAGGAACCCAGCAUGGGCAAGAGAGGGAGCCGAGACAACUCCCUGCUGCGUUACCUUAGCGACGACAAGAUCCUUGUGAUUGAGGAGGAGCCCGAGGGUCCGGGCAGAGAGAGUCGGCGGGAUUCCACCAGACGCUCUCGGCGCAAGAGCCGCAAUCCCAGCAGCCCUAGCUUUCCUAUCAGCCCCUCCAUGCUGUCCUCCACCCUGCGCCUAGACCAACCGCCCGAUGCUUUGCCUGUAUGUACUUUAUUUUUUCAUUCCUUCCAUUACACCUCUCUAAGAACGAAAACCAAAAAGAGAAGUAAAGGUUCCCUCACUAGUGCCAGUCGAAGGAGAAUAUCCUGUAAGGACCUGGGCCACGGGGACUGUGAGGGCUGGCUGUGGAAAAAGAAGGAUGCAAAAGGUUAUUUCACCCAGAAAUGGAGGAAGUACUGGUUUAUCCUCAAAGAGUCCUGCCUCUACUGGUACACCAACCAAAACGAUGAGAAGGCUGAGGGCUUCAUCAGCCUCCCUGAGUUCAGAAUAGACCGAGCCAUAGAGUGCAGACGGAAAUAUGCCUUCAAAGCCUGUCAUCCCAAAAUCAAGAGCUUCUUCUUUGCCACAGAUUGUCUUGAAGAAAUGAACAGGUGGAUGAACCGGUUGGGGCUAGCUGCUAUUGGCUACACACCAGAUGACAAGGUGCCACGCCCUGAUGAAGACUACUGGAGCGAGAGCGAUCAAGAUGAGGUCGAUGGCUCGAUGACGCUCAAACAGGAGGGACCCUCAUCCCUCUGUGAUACCUAUCACCGCACGCCAUCAGUCAAUUCCUCUAGUCCCUUCCCGGAGCCCAAGCAUGGCCGACACUUCUCCAGCGAAUCAACGCACUCCCACUCCUCCGCCGAGGAUCAGCGUGGAGACGGCAUGGGCAUGGGCACGGGCACAGGCAGCACCAGUACCCACUCAUCCGGCUGCCGCUCUACCCACCGUGAGCGGCGCUCCUGGCAGGACCUCAUUGAGACCCCUCUGACCAGCGCAGGGCUGCACUUCCUCCAGACAGCGCCGGGGGAGAGUGAUUACGGGGGCCUAAUGGGGAGCAUGGUUGGAGAGAUGGGGCUGUAUGGAGGGCUGGGCAGACAAGGCAUCUCCCCGGAGAGACGCAGACAGGCCACGCUGCCCGUACGGAGACACCACGCCGCAGAGAGGGACAGGGAGCGCGACGGGCCCUUCCCUCUGGAGCGAGGUCCGCACACGCACAGCCACACACACCGACGCUCUCACAAGCAGCGCAGCCAGAGUCUGCCCAGAAACAGGGACCCCGUGCCAGGAAAGCUGUUGCACACCUCAGCUCAUAUGGAGGAGAGGAGCGAGGACGAGGAGGCAGAGGGGCAGGCUGCAGAUAUGCUUGAGGGUGAGGAGGCAGUGAAUCUGACUCUUACCGGUCCACUCCUGGGGGUGUCAGACCUGCGGGAGUUGAGAGUUGAGAGCAGAGAGAGGAGGAUGUCGGAUGGAAGGGAGCGGCGGGUGUCAGAGGGCCGCGAGCCGGAGCCAUUGGACGGGCUAGAGCAGCUGUACCGGGCCCUGGAGCAAGCCAACGUUACAGUCCUGGGAGACCCAAGACCCUGUAGCAGGCAGGAGUUUCGACGCUGUUACACGCAGAGAGCUAGGGACCCUCUGCUCAACGACAGGCUGCACCGGGUCCGAGCCCUCCGCAGCACCUUGAAGGCCAAAGAGUCGGAGCUGGCAGUAGUCUGUGCCCUCCUGGAGGAGCCUGGCCUGUGCUCCCAGACCUUCAGAGAGUGGAAGCAGUGGCACAGUGAGCUCUACUCAGACAUCUGCCAGCUCAGCCCCGGCACCAACGGCCAGGACGACCUCUCCCCGCUGGCCGCACCUCUCAUGACCCACACACACUCCUUCAUUGAGACACAUGUGUGAGAGAGAGAGAGAGAGAGAGAAGGGGAGCAAAGACUGA